AUGACAGGAAGGCGCGAGGAUAGCAAGAGGCCGAGAGUGGAGUCGGCCCAAGGAGCAACUUUGACACCACCGGUACAACCCUGCAGGAGGCCCGACCGACCCGAGCAGCUACUCCCGAGGCCUCUACCUCUCCCCCUGAACACAUCUCGUACCGAGAUCUUCCUUCAGAUCAGGGAGAAAGGUCUCCUGCGACAACCCAACCCCUUAAAGACUACUCACAAAGACCGAUCUAAAUAUUGCAUGUUCCAUCGGGACUAUGGCCAUGACACAGAAGACUGCCACGACCUCCGAAAUCAGAUUGAGGAAUUAAUUUGGAGAGGUCACCUCGGGCACUACCUCAAGGAACCGAUGGAAGCAUCCCUGCAUCCCAGGGGCCCUGUCGAGAAACAAAUCGAUGUCAUCAUCGAUGGACCGAUGGUCGGUGGUAGUAGCACGACCACAAGGAAGGCCUACACCCGCAGCAUAGUGGAGAAAUGCCCCAGACCCGAGUUCGAGCUCGACAUCACCUUCGGAACCGAAGAGGUCGAACGUUCCCACCAUGACGAUGCUUUGGUGAUCUCCAUCCGGAUCGCCAACGCUCAGGUAAAAAGAGUAAUGGUCAACACCGGGAGUUCUGUCGACAUGCUAUACCUCGACGCCUUCAAAAAGCUCAGCCUAACUGAUGGGGACCUCACCCUUAUGGGGUCGGCGCUCAUCGGGUUCAUGGGAGAUUCCAUCUCCCCGCUCGGGACAACCAUCCUCCCUGUCACUAUCGAGGAAGAACCGAGAGACAAGACAAUAAUGACUACCUUCAUAGUAGUCGAUCUACCCUCGACUUACAACGUCAUCCUCGAUCGCCCAACACUCAACAAACUGAAAGCAGUGGUUUCCACCUACCACCGGGCCAUCAAAUUUCCAACUUCGGCAGGGGUCAGGGAAUCCCGAAGUGAUGCGGGAGAAUCAAGGCAGUGCUACCUUAUAGCGGUCACUCUCCUGGAGAAGUCGUGCCCUCGUCAAGUCCCGGAUCCCCGUGAGGAAGCCGGGACACCGAUGCACCUGGAGCCCCUUGAGCAACUCACCGAGGUACCCUUGAAGAGGAACUGA